AUUAUGGCUCCCGGAUUUAACAGCAUCCCGAGUCUUGACCAAUGGCGGGAGUUCAAGAGGGAGAUCAAGUCUAAUAUUUACGCCAAUUACAGCCAUAUUAACCCCCGGGGGAGGACUGUUUAACCACCGGGGAAGGGAGGAAAGCCCCAGGGUGAAGGGUUUGACGGGGCGUCGUCUAUGCAAGUCCUUCACAUUAGAAGCUACGAGACAAUACAGCAACAAUGUCUGCAAGAGAGGAGAAACUUCUGAGACUGGUGGAGAAGCUAAACGAUCCCAACGAGAAGCUUAGCGAAGACGAGCUCACUUCACUGCUAACCAAGACCUACACAUUAUGCCGAGUGCCUCCGCUGCAGGACCCAAAUGUACCCUACAGCACUGCAGACUUCGAGGGCAUUGCAAGGGAGGCGGAAGUUAACCUCACCAUAGUAUUAAAACUGCUUGGCUGUGUACGGCUUCAAAACGGCAGAAAUAGCCAAGGAUUCAGCCAUGUGUUUCUGAAGUACUUAUUCGUCACAUGUCUUAUGGCGGCCUGUGAGUACUGUGACGAGGAAUGGGAGUGGAGUAGCCCAGGAGCGGCUAGCAUAUCGAAGAACAUUGUAAGUCAAGUGUGUGAACUCUUUGACUGUAACACCAUGCCAGAGCUUUUUAGUGCCAACUCGCCAAGGGACUCAAGUCUAAGGCAAAGCAGUUGUGGCAAAGAAACUCCUCUCGGUAGUGAUUUGCGCUCGGAGAUUCUCAAAGCCAUCCUGCAGAAGCUGAGCGAAGACCUGAGAAAAGACAAUUGGAGGCAGCGUCCCUCCCUGAAGAUGUCCUACUGGUGGAUUCUCAGGAACAUUGGAAAAGAUGACCUCGGGGACCACCUGGUGUACCUGCUGCCUCCUGCGCUGUUCAUUGCGGACGACUGGGAAAACAAAAACAAGCUGCUCGGCCUUCAGUGUCUCCAGCACAUCUUGGACAACACAGUAGGUUCGGAGCUGCGGUGGUAUGGCCGGGCAGCCGUGAUCUACGAUGCCAUGAAGCCAAUGCUGUACACAAGGGAGCCAGAGGUGUUAAGGAGCCUCUACCCAGCCAUCACCCAAGUGGCACAAGUCCUGGAGGCGGAUCCUGCAAAGUCCGGGAAGCUGCAGCCUGAAAGCACUCUUGACUUCAUCCUGCAGCAGCUACUCCAAGAGAUGGCUCAUGAGCAGAAACUGUCCCUCCGAGCUGUGUAUGCCUCUGCCCUUCCUCAACUCGUGAAAGCGUUGAACUUGUACAGUGUGAGGUGGUCGAAAGAGCUGAUGGACGUCUGUGGUGACUAUCUAGCGACAUUUGAAGGUUCAGCAGCACAGGAUCGGAUAAACAUUCUGAAGGCCCUGCAGAGCUACGUCAAGGCAUGCUGGCCACAGAUUCACAGACAUGCCCGGCCGCUGCUGACGAUGGCGGUGCGGCUCCUGUAUGACGUGACGGAGGAUGACGCGGGUGUGGAUGCAGAGAGUGUGGAGGUCAUCACACAAGAGGUACAGGGUCUGGUGGUGCUCCUGUAUGCAGCGGCCCCAACCACUGUCCGAGAUCUCUGCAAGGGUCUCCAGAACGUCGAGGUCCACCCACAGUGUCGAUUACUCCUGCAGGACCUUCAUUCCGUCACCCAGGGGGAGAGUCACGGAUGCAACGGUUGAGGUGGAAUUGAAUGCUAUUGGAACUACUAAUGCCAGGACGUUGAAGACUAUACUAGUGUUUCAACCAUUAACUCUGGAAGAAAUUGAAGACAGAAAAAACUAUAUCACAACAAUAUGGAACAGAAGAAAAAAGAAAACUGAACAAAACUAAAAGACACAACGCCAACCAACAAUCAAGAAUAAGUCAUAAAUGGGAGCCAUUACAAAGGCAAUCCCACGCCUACUACUGGACAGGACUGGAAGACCCAUACUGGCAUUACAAACUACACUUAUUGCCUUUCCAGUUCAAGACAACCACACUGCACCUCAUUCCCAUCCUCUCUCUACUGUGACAAGGGCCUAAUAGGAUUGGAUAUGCCUCAAGCAGCAGCCCAGAGGAAAGUGCAGGAGAACUUUAAGAGGGCAGGAUGACUACUCUUAGGACACCCCUCCUCCCAAAAUUGACCUCUCUUUCAGCCAUUCCUCUGUACUCUUUUUAGGAGCAGUGAGGAGCGGGCUUUUUUUUCAUUAUGGUUUUAUUUUAUUUUUUAUUCCAUUGAACUGUCUCCCUUGCCCAGCUUCAAGGGUUGAUGGAAGGCAGUUUCCAUCAAGAGAGGAACAACUUAUGGGCCCGAUUACACAUUGAAGGCAUGGUGACAGGUGCUCCUCAUCUUGUCAGCAAACACAUUUAUUAGUCAUGUAACUCCUGCAUCUUGUGUGUUAAGUGACUUUGUACUACAUUAGGUGUAGAUAUGACUAUCCCUACAUCAUUUCCAUGCCUUGAGUAGUUGCAUGGCUGGAGUUUCAUUUGCUUGAAUAAUUUGUGUUGGCUGGAACAGACGAGCAACUGUAACCACACCUUUAUGUAGCUACAAGCAUAUUCAGACCUUAAGUUGUUUACUCUUAUGUCAUUUUCCUCCUGUUAACUCCUGAAGCUGGGUUAGGGCAGGUGGUUAAGGGACAGGAGUAACCAUCCAGCCCUCUAAAGUGCUCCUGGAUUGGAACCUUUUUUAUUGUUCUGGUAGAUUUUAUUUGAAGAGGGUUUGAUCUCCCUCUUUUGUCCAUAUUGGAAAGAAUGGAUUAUUAUUGCCUAGGGGAGCUAUCUGUUAUAUUUUAGAGGCAAAGCAAGACAUCAAUCAAUACCUGUCCCUAAAUCCAAUGGUCCUGUUUUAUAUUAAUUACAUGCAGGAAGAAGUGAGGAUAUUAAGAAUUACCUGUGCCAUC